UCCAGCUUGCUGCCUUCUCCUGAUCUCAGACCAACAGAUGAGGUCAGCUAAGGUCAUCGCCAUGGUGACCUUUGCUGAGACGACACAGGCCUCCCUUAUGGAGCUGCGUGAGCCGACCAGCCUGACCGCGACCCUGUCCCCUGGGCUGCGGCGGAAAAAGAUACUGUGGCAGAAUGCUGUAAAACACAUCAUUAUCCAGCAGGAGCUCAACGCCCAGGUGGGUGUGGAGCCAGCAAGAAAAAUCUUUGUGACAGACACCUACAUGGAGGAGAUCAACAAACAAAUCCGCGACAAGGCCUCACGCGGGGUCACGAAACGCCCCUCCACAUUCAGAGUGCACCCUUCCCAGUCCUGCGGUUCCACCAGCACAUCCAACGGUAUGAGGCUCUUGAAUGACUACGCCAGCGAUGCCGACUUCUUCGUGCACUGGGGCCACACAGUUCGUGGAGUCUACAUACCUUCCCUGAGGCACACCUUCAAGUCUGGUGAUCUGGAGAAACUCUACCAGGAACACUACUCCCACCAAAGACGCAACUCCCUGGUCGUCACCAAUGUAAUCGAUGCCGUUGCCAAGCUACACGCAUUGGUUCUGUACCUGGCACAGGCCCCUGAGGCGGCCACAGACACUCUGCGUGGGUGUCUGACAGGUGUUUUCAUGAUGUUAGCCAUAGCACUGUGCAUCAUGGUGUUAACCUGCAAAAACUCCAUGUCCCCACGGUGGCUUCACUACGCUGGCCUAGCAAGCUGGCUGUCGCAGACCACACAGGUGCUGGGGGGACUGGUGUACGGACUGGAAAAAGACCCAUCAUGGUAUGUUUUGUUCACAUUGUUCGCCACAUACACGCUGCUGCCCUUACCUCUGCUGUGGGCCAUGUGCACAGGUUCCCUUACCUCAGUACUGCACCUUCUGAUGGAGAUAGUGUGCCACUACAAUGAUGUCGUACAUUUGAGAAAGGUGUUUGCCAAAGGCCUGCUGUACCUUGGUAUGAACACAGCUGGAUUGUUCAUCCACUACCUGACAGACCACGCCCAGAGACAGGUUUUCCUGGAGACACGACGUUGCAUCGAGGGUCGCCUCAAACUAGAGCAAGAGAACCAGAGACAGGAGCGUCUGGUGCUGUCAAUCCUGCCUCGCUUUGUUGCCUUGGAGAUGAUCGCUGACAUGAGCUCUUUAGAAGAUGAACUCAAUCCUCAGGAGUUUCAUAAGAUCUAUAUCCACCAGUACAAAGAUGUCAGCAUCCUUUUUGCAGACAUCAAGGGCUUCACUCUGUUGUCCAUGAACCUGGCAGCCCAGGAUCUGGUUCGAAUCCUCAACGAGCUCUUUGGACGCUUUGACCGACUGGCAGACGAGCACCACUGCCUGCGGAUAAAGAUACUGGGAGACUGUUAUUACUGUGUGUCGGGGGUCCCUGAGCCACAGCGCGCCCAUGCCCGUCAUUGUGUUGAGAUGGGCCUGGCUAUGAUCAACACUAUACGGUGCAUACGGAAGCAACUUAACUUUGACAUGGACAUGAGGAUCGGGAUCCACUCUGGCUCUGUCCUGUGCGGGGUGCUAGGCCUGCAAAAAUGGCAGUUUGACGUCUGGUCCUGGGAUGUGGGCAUUGCCAACAUGCUGGAGGCUGGGGGCGUACCAGGACGCAUCCACAUCUCAAGGGCGACUCUGGACAGUCUGGAAGGGACCUAUAAGAUAGAAGAUGGUCAUGGCCGUGACAGGAACGAGUUUCUGCUCAAACACAACAUCGACACUUUCCUCAUCUGCCCUCAGGAGGAAAGGAACAAAGUUGACCAUAGUCAGCCCCCCAAAGUCCAGAAAACCAAUCGAACCUGGAACCCAGAGAUGCCCUUUGGGAUCGCCAUUGACACAAACAGUAUCCUGGCCUCCUUUACGAACGGCUCGCUUCCCAACAUAUGGCAGUCCACCUCCAAAGAGAUUAACAAACGCAUCAAACAUGCCAUUGAGGUCCGAAGCAGUGAGCGUAUGCACAGGGAGCACAUCACUCCACUGACCCUGGUGUUCAAAGACACACACAUCGAGGACAAGUUCUCACAGAUGAGGGAUGAAAUGUUCAACUCCAACCUGGUCUGCUCUUUCAUCAUGCUCUUCUUUCUCAUGUCUGCCCUGACUGUCAUUUCUGCGCCCAGGCUGUUCCCAGCCAUCCUCCAGUUUUCAGUCUUUCUGCUCGCCUACGUGGUGCUGCUGCUAUUGGCCUUGGCUGAAGAGUUCAAGUGGACUCCUGCGGCGCUGCAGCAACUGUGCUGCUGGAUCCACGAAAACAACAGUGCCCGCAACGUCUUCACCAUCGCAGCCAUCGUCAUCAACUUUGGCUUGGUCUCUACUGACAUGGUAUGGUGCAUUCUCACAGACACAGACACCGCAGAGGCAGAUGUAAGGGACAGAACAAACACAGCCUCACGUCCACUCACUGUCUGCACUUACCCCGAGAUCUUUGCGUUGAGUGGAGUGAUUGCCAUGGUGACUUGUGCCGUUUUCCUGCGUCUGAACUCUCUGCUGAAGCUGGCGGUGUUGCUGCUGGCGGUGGCUGUCUACUCCUACCUCAUCCACCUGGCCUUCCUCACACUCGCACGCCACGAUAUGCUGCACAGGUCUCACUAUGUCAGGAGAAAAGGAGUGUCCAUCCUUCUCAUGGCCAUGUUUAUUGUUGCUGUCUUUUACAAUGGACGGCAGUGGGAGGCCACUGCCAGACUGGACUUCCUGUGGCGUCUGCAGGCCCAACAGGAAGUGGAGGACAUGAGGGAACUGCGGGAACACAACAAGUGUCUGUUGCACAACAUCCUGCCUUUGCAUGUGGCGCGACAUUUUCUGGACCGGAGCAAGAAUGAUGAGGAGCUUUACUCCCAGUCCUAUGAUGAAGUCGGUGUCAUGUUUGCCUCCAUCGCCGGCUUCAGUGAGUACUUUGAGCAGAAAGAGAUCAAACAUGAGGGAGUGGACUGCCUCCGACUUCUGAAUGAGAUCAUUGCUGGCUUCGAUGAGUUGUUGGAGGAGUCGUACUUCUGCUAUGUGGAGAAGAUAAAGACCAUUGGGAGCUGCUACAUGGCUGCCUCCGGCUUAGCUCCAGACAAACAGGCAUCUAUGGAUGAAUGGAAUCACCUGAGUGAGCUUGUUUUGUUUGCGUUGGCAAUGCAAGAGACCUUGAAAGAGAUUAACAGGCUCUCUGCCAAAAACUUUCAGCUGCGUGUCGGUAUCGCCCAUGGACCGGUGGUAGCAGGGGUGAUCGGUGCCACCAAGCCACAGUAUGACAUCUGGGGGUCAACAGUGAACCUGGCCAGCCGCAUGGACAGCACAGGGGUAAGCGGACGCAUCCAGGUGCCCGAGGCCACGCGCAGGGUCCUGUCAGAAUGGGGUUUCAUCUUGGAGCUACGUGGAGAAAUCUUUGUCAAGGGGGUGAGCGAGCGUCAGGGGAAAGUCCGCACCUAUUUCAUCAGCACCAUGCGCUGUAAGAGGGCCAACGUUGGAACAGAUGGCCACUCGGGGGGGCAGACAGGAGGACGCCUGACGCUAGCAGGAGUGGUGUUCAGUCUCGUCCAGGCCAGACACAAGGAAAAGAUGAGAGAGGCCAGCAUGGGAUUCGGUUUGGAUCCCUGCACCUUGUAGUGCUGAGGGGACCUAUUAAGGUCAGAUGACUGCAGGUAGAGGAAGUAGAGUUGCCACCUUCAAUACAGAAAAAUAAGGGACGCCUGCCACAGCGGGGUCCACACCCCUCAGGGGCCCGGCAACCACAGGCCCGAUGGUGUGCCAGUGGUGGUAUAUCAUAAUUUAAAACAUGUUUUCAGGAAAGUAUCAAGAUUGAUACCAAUGGAUAUUAUAAUAAGUUAUCUGCUAUUGAAAUCAGUGUGAACAGAUGCACUCAGUGCAACAGACUAGUGGUCACAUUGUCAUAGCUGAAUACACAGCUAUGAAAAUAAUAAAUACAGGCCAACAAUUUGUUGAGACCACAAAAAAAAAUGGCGUUAAGAAGAACUGUAUUUUCUUAACUUAAUAAAUCAACACAUCCAUAACUAAUAACUAAUAACUGUAGGUUAGGUAAUAGACUAAAACAAAUGCUUUCAUACGAUUCAAUUGAAAAGACUUUUGCAAAGUAUUUUCCUUAAACAUCAUGAACAUCAGUGGAUUAGAAG